GGUAGGCGUUGUGUGCAACUGAACUGACACCAGUACAGGUCCGGUACAUUCACUGUCGGUGCAAGUUGUAAAGUACAGUAAUAAUACAUGCCAGUGACAAAUGAAGUACCAGUGUUUUUACCUAUUGUUGCAGGGAUCACUUAACAAGGUAGUUAUUGGGAGAAGUUUGUUUCAAUCAACUUUCUCCAUCUUGAAAGACAAACGUAGCUUGGAAUAUAGUGAACUCUAGUAUUUGGGAAUGCUUCCUCAUUCUGCUAUACAAGGACAGGAGAGCAGAGAGUGAAAAUACAUUAAUUCACCACAAAAGUCAUGUUGUACUGGACUGUACUGCCUGAUUGGAAAGUAUUGCUGUUGGUGACACUUCUAUGGGACUGCGUCUGUGCUGAGGAACUGAAGCCCACGAGAUGGCCACUGUAUCCCCAAAAGCCUCUGGUCCUGGCCUGGAAUGCUCCGACAGAGGACUGCAGCCCACGGCACGGUAUUAAAUUUCAGCUGGAGCAGUUCCAGAUUGUGGCGUCGCCUAACAAAGGCUUUGUCCGCCAGAACCUCACCAUAUUUUACAAGGACCGCUUGGGGUUGUACCCAUACUAUGAUGAGCAUGAUGGUACUGCCAGGAACGGUGGACUCCCGCAGGUUGCCAGUCUCACUCAGCACCUGGAGAAGAUGCCGGAGGGCAUUCAGUAUUACAUACGCGAAGCAGGGGCCAAGGGACUGGCAGUUAUUGACUGGGAGGAGUGGAGACCACUGUGGAUCCGUAACUGGGAUGUCAAGAAUGUGUACCGCAACCAGUCAAGGCAGCUGGUGGCCCAGAAGAACCCAGCCUGGCCCACAGUGCGUGUGGCUAAGGUGGCCCAGCAGGAGUUUGAGAUGUCGGCCCGGAAGUUCAUGCUGGAGACCCUGAGGCUGGCCAAGAGCCUGCGGCCCAACCAGCUGUGGGGGUUCUACCUGUUCCCAGACUGCUACAACCACGACUACAGGAACACUCUGGAGAACUACACAGGCCGCUGCCCUGACGUGGAGGUGGCCCGGAAUGAAAUGCUCAAAUGGCUGUGGACUGAGAGCACAGCCCUCUUCCCUUCGGUCUACAUGGGCAUGGUGCUGCGCUCUUCGCCCUCUGGGCGCCAGUUUGUCCGGAACCGGGUGAAGGAGGGGAUGCGUCUGGCGUCAGUGGGAGAUGGGCUGGCACGUCCUGUCUUUGUGUACGCCCGGCCCACCUACGCCAACGUACUGGAGUUGCUGACAGAGACGGACCUGGUCUCCACAAUUGGGGAAAGUGUGGCUCUUGGGGCUGCAGGCAUCAUCCUCUGGGGAGACCACGCUUAUGCAGGCAGCAAGGCCAGCUGCUCUAGUCUGAAUGAGUACCUGCGGGGUCCGCUGGGCAGGUACCUGCUUAACGUCUCCACGGCAGCAGAGCUGUGCAGCCAGGCGCUGUGCGGUUCCCAAGGACGCUGCCUGCGUAGACACCCUGACACUGACGCCUACCUGCACCUCAGCACCCGUACCCACAGCAUAGAGCCCAUGGUAAAUGGUAAACUCAAGGUUCAAGGUCAGCUUGGGGAAGAUGACAUAUUGGGCUUUCAGAGAGAGUUCCAGUGCCAGUGCUAUAGCGGCUACCAGGGAGAGGGCUGUGGCCAGAGAGACCCCCAACAACAAAGAGGCAUUGCAGCUCCAAUCAUGGCGUCAUGGGUGCACUGUCUGCUCCUGCUACUCAUCACACUCCUGCUCUGAGUGCAUACAUACACAGGCAUACAACUACAUUCAAAUAAUUGAACGUGUACUGGUAUACACAUGACAUUAUCUACACACAUGCGCAAACAUUAUAUAAAUACACUUUGGGGCAAAUGUAUUCACUGUGGUCCAGAUUGCUGUAAGGUUGGUGGAUCUAUGAUUAGACGGUGGAACACUGUGAGUUAUGGUUGUUUGUGUGUUCAUUUUUUCCAUACAUUGGAGGGCUCGCUGAAAAUAACUUUGUUUACGUUGAUCUCUUUCUCAGUCUCUUUCCCACAAUAUAUCUCUCUCAUGCCUCUCCUUCCCACAACCCCUCCCCACUCUUUCAGUGUCAUUUUCUCAUGAUCCCAAAGUCUAUGUUUUUGUGUGGAAAUGUGUGUUGCUAUCAAAUCAAAUCAAAUCGUAUUUAUCACAUACACGUGUUUAGCAGAUGUUAUAGUGGGUUGUAGCGAAUUU